UCACAACGCCUCCUACUAUCGAUAACAAAACAUACAAAUUGUUUUCAUUGCAAAAUUAUGUAUAAAACUUGCUAAGUCGCAAAUAAGGACAAAGAGAGCUGCUUCAGGAGACACGGUGGGCGAGUCGGAUCAAACAGGGCGUGGCAAAUCGAGCUAUCAGGCCUGUCAAUCCCCAGAAAGUGCGGUGUGAGCGUAAAAUGCAAUAAUCGCUGCCAUGCCAAAGGCCAAGGGAUCAAGCUCCCUUGGAUCGAAGGGAUUAUCCCGGGGAUUAUCUGCGGCAGUCGCGGUGCCCAGGGGAUCGGCGGGACCGUCGGGAGGAUCGGCGGUGCGGCAGCAGGAGGCCAAGGAGAAGCAGCCGGGCAAGAAGAAGAAGGACUCGCUGGCUGCCAAGGAAUCUGAAGUUAAGAAAAAGGAGCCCUUGAAGAAAGAGCCAGUAAAGAACGAGCCCUUGAAGACAGAGCCCGUUAAAGAUGCAACAGUGCCCAAUGAGUCCACUCCCAUUUCCUCCAUCCCGGCGAUUGACAAGCUGCGCCGCUUCUGUUUCAUCGGCGCCACGGAAGAGCCUGUCUAUGCUACUCCCACGCUGGACCUCGCCGUAGAGACCAGCUUUGCGUCUCUGCAGGACCUCUGCUCCCAAGUGACCGAGGGCGAGCUGGCCGAGUGCCUGGCGAGUGUCCUGGGCAGCGGACCGAAUGCGGAGCACCUGCCGCGCCCCGACGAGCCGCUCCUCAUCCUGGCCGUCUAUCUCACCACGCGCGACGACGAAAAGCAACGCAAACUGGUGCGCAGCCGGUUCGCCGACCUGGUGACCAGCGAAUCGGACCUCAUGCUCUUUGUUCAGCUGGUGAAGCGAGUCCAGAAGCUGCUCGACCGCAAGACGCCCUUCAAUCGCACGGUGCGCAAGGCCAUCCUCGACUGGUACGGCAAGCAAUCGCUGGACCGCCUGCUCCACUUGUGGUCGGUGGGCGACGGUACCCGCUGGUCGGCGCAUCGCGACCUGCUGCACCGCUGCCACUUCCGGGACGGCGACUUUCGGCCGGAGAUCAUGGCUGCCCUGCGGCUGCUCUCGUCGUCGCCCAAGGAGCUGUCGCAAUGGCCCAGCUUCCUGACGCCGCUGAGCAGUAACCGCGGCAUUAUCGAGGGCGUGGUGAAGCUGCGACUCCUGCAGGAUCCCGAGCAGGCUCUGCCCAUUGUCAAGAAGCUAGCGCUGAGCUGGGAGCACGUGCCGCUGCAGCUGCUCAACGAUCCCGGGCUGGCCAAGUAUCUCGUACCACGCAUGAGCUACGAGCAGCUCCUCCGCAGCUGGCCGCGUCUCUCGCGACUGCAUCACCAGGUGCGACCCUUUGCCGCGCAGCUGCUGGACGAGAAGAAGCUCAAGGCGGGCAAUGUGCCGCCCGUGCGCCUGCUGCUGGAGGACAUGCGUCUGCGGAAGCCCAGGAAGGUGUGCGACUGCAGAGUGAUUCUUAUGCAAAGGGCGAGUUUUCUGCAUAGCGUUUACGAGGCAUCCUUUGGCCAGAACAAGGCGCUCGGCCGGCGGCUGCACAUCACCCUCAAUCUGGAGCAGCACUACCUGGGCAAAUACCUUUCCGGUCGCUGCCGUUCGCUUAAAUACUUAGAUGCCCUGGUGGCCAUGGCCUUUGGCUACUUCCGCAGCGAUCCCAAGGUGACGGUGCAGUUCUGGCACGACCGCAGUGGCCAGCUGAAGACGCUGCCCUGGACAAAGGAGAUGAGCGUGGCAGAGGCCACGGCCUGCUGCGAGAAUCAGAAGGUGCUGAAGAUCAAGCAGUCGCUGACGGACAUUUUGGACAGAGCGCUGGAGGAUGAGAAGAACACGUACGAUGUGUUUCUGGUGCUGGUGCCGGGUGCUGGGCGAGGAAAUCAGGCGAAUAGUUCCAAGGGCUUGGCUGCUUUGAUGGACGAGUACCGCGAGAAGCGGAGCUCCAAUGCCAAAUUCAUUAUACUAAGCCUGCGGCAGCACCACCGCUCCAUGUUGUACUCCGGCGCACGAAACGAAAACCUGCUGGAGCUGUGCAGCCUGGACGAGCACACGCCGCGCCUGAUCAACGCCUUCGCUCGCAGGAAGUUCUACUAG